AUGAAAUUCAUUCCUUUAACAUAACAUUUUGAAACUGUUGCUAUGCUGUAUGAAAAAUGUGCAGCUAUAUCUGAAUAAUUAGAAAUGUUUCAAAAGUAAUCUACUCUCUAAAUAUCGAAUGGAUAAAUAGAAAGUGAUGAUACAUAAUAACUUUAAAAAAAUUCAUUAAAAAAAGUUAAAAAAUCAAAGAUUAAAUAAAAAAAACAGAAUAAAUAAGCUAUUCUCAUUGAAGAAAACAAUGAUAGAAUUACUAUGGAUAAAAAAAAACCAAAAAAGAGCCCAAAAAUAAUUGAAAAAAAAGUUCCAAAGUAAAAAGUUUAAUUUACUUGCAAUCAUUGCAAUAAGAUCUUUGAAUCUUCUAAAGUUUAUAAUAAACAUAGAUAUUAAUUAAAAUAUCGAUAAAAUUAAUUGAAAAAAAAACAAUAGAAAUUAAAUAAGAAUGAUUCCAAUUAAAUUGAAUAACCUUAAAAUAAGAGAAAGAGAUUGAAUAAUAAAAAAAAUGGAGUUCUUUGA